AUGUUGCGCACUCUCCCAUCGCGAUCCCUCGUACGUCGCAUCUACACAUCUUCCUCACCCGCACUGACAUCUCUCCCUAGAAGCUUCCUUCCUUCCAUCCGUCCAAUACUGCGCUCCGGCUCAAACGCGCCUGCAAGAAUGUCGUCGAGCACGUCCAACGCCCCUGGCUGGUCCACUCAGCCCAACCCCUAUCCUACCGCACGCCGCGACGGAUCGACUUCCUUGACGUACAAGUCGGCAGCCAAGGGCUCCGUCACCGUCCCCGAGCCGUACGCAUGGCUCGAGCAGCCCCCUUCGCAGUCUGCAGAGACCAAGGACUGGGUCCUCGCCCAGGCCAAGCUCACCCAGAACUACCUCGACGGUUGCCAGCCCGAUCUGGACAUCCUCAAGUCGCGCAUCCAAAAGAACUUUGACUUUGCUCGCUUCUCCUGCCCUUCUCUCAAGGGCGACGGCCGCUACUACUAUUCAUACAACUCGGGCCUCUCGCCUCAGUCGCUCAUCUACACCGCCUCCAAGCAGCAGGUCGACGCCAAUGCAGGCAAGAACCAGCGAGACCCCAUCGGCGACAUCUUCUUCGACUCCAACCUGCUCAGCGCAGACGGCACCGUCGCACUCAGCUUCACCACUUUCUCCAAGUCGGGCAAGUACAUGGCGUACGGCAUCAGCAAGAGCGGCAGCGACUGGACCGAGAUCUUUGUGCGCGAGACCGCAAAGCCCUUCAAGCUCGAUGACAAGCACUACAAUUCCAACGGCACCAUCAAGCUCUCCAAGGACGAGCUUGCACAGUACGUCGACGCCACCGGAGGCAAAGACAGGCUCGCAGACCGCAUCGAAAACGUCAAGUUCUCCAGCGCCACCUUCACGCAUGACGACAAGGGCCUGCUCUACCAGACCUUCCCCUCUGCCUCAGUCUCGGACAAGGGCACCGAGACCGACGCCAACAAGGACGCACAGCUCUGGUACCACCGCAUCGGCACGCCCCAGAGCGACGACGUGCUCGUGGUCAGCAAGGACACCAAGGUGCCCGAGUCCAUGUGGAGCACCAACGUCACCCACGACGGCAACUUCCUCGUCCUCUACAACAGCAAGGACACCGACACCAAGGAGCGCAUCUUUGUGCUGCCCCUCCACGACAAGGGCGUCAAUGCUGCCGAUAAGCUCAAGUGGAUCCCGCUCGCCCUAUCGUUCAAGUACGUGCUCAACUACGUCACCAGCAAGGGCAACCGCUUCUACUUUAUGACCAACAAGGACGCGCCCAACUACCGCCUCGUUUCGGUUGAUCUCGACCCGGCCACGCAGGCGCACGAGACAAGCAACGUGUGGGAGCUCACGGGCAACGACGUCGAGCUGCGCGACGUGAUUGCCGAAGACAAGGACGCGCUGCUCUCGUCGGUGCAGGUGAUCGACUCGAACAAGCUGCUCGUCGUCUACUCGCGCGACGUCAAGGACGAGCUGUACCAGUACGAGCUCGAGACCGGCAAGCGCGUCGAGCGCCUCCUCCCGGAUCUUGUCGGCACCAUUGACCAGAUCGCCGCUCGCCACGAGGACGACCAUGCUUUCGUCAAGUUCGGCUCGUUUGUCAACCCAGGCCAGGUGGUGCGUCUCGACUGGCAGGCGGGUUCAGCCCCCGACGCACGCAAGGCGAAGCAGACCGCCUACUACGAUACGCAGGUCGAGGGCAUCAAGGCCGACGACUUUGUGUCCGAGCAGGUCUUUAUCACCUCCAAGGAUGGCACGCGAGUGCCCAUGUUUGUCACGCACCCGAAGACGGUCAAGAAAGACGGCAGUGCGCCUGCGAUCCUCUACUUCUACGGCGGCUUCAACAUCCCGAUCACGCCCGUGUUUUCGCCCUCGAUGAUGUCGUGGAUCGCGUCGUACAACGGCGUGCUCGCCUUUGUCAACUGCCGUGGCGGCGGCGAGUACGGCGACAAGUGGCACGAGGCCGGCACGCUGCUCAACAAGCAGAACGUCUUUGACGACGCGCUCUCCGCCGCAAAGUACCUGCACGAGAGCGGCUACGCGGCCAAGGGCAAGAUCAUCCUCUCCGGCGGCUCCAACGGAGGCCUGGGUGUCGCAGCGUGCAUCAACCAGCAGCAGCCCGAGCACGGUAUCGGUGCCGGAAUCGCCGAUGUGGGCGUGAUGGACAUGCUCAAGUUCCACACCUGGACCAUCGGCAAAGCCUGGUGUGCCGACUACGGCAAUCCGAGCGAGGACCCAGAGAUCUUUGACUAUGUCUACAAGUACUCGCCGCUGCACAAUGUGGAUGCCAACAAGGUGUACCCGACCACCGUGCUCGCGUGUGCCGACCACGACGACCGCGUUGUGCCCGCGCACUCGUUCAAGCUCAUGGCAGAGAUGCAGCACAAGCUCGCCGCCAACCCGAACCCGCUGCUGCUGCGCGUCGAGAUCGAUGCCGGUCACGGCGCGGGUAAGAGCACGCAGAAGAGGAUCCAGGAGGCCGCCGAGAAGUACGCCAUCGUAGGCAGGGCGCUCGGCCUCAAGAUCCGCGAGGACGGUAGUCGGCUUUAG